AUUGUCAAGCAGACAGACACAAAAAAGUUUAAACAAAAUUUCAUAAAAUUCAUGUUCAUUCAUUAUGCCAAAAAAGAAACACAAAAUUGUCGAUUGGGCAGCUGAUGAGAACUUUACCAAAGAACGCAGUAUCUUUUUCAUAGAGCACACAUACGAGUGCAACAUCUUUCAAACAAAGGCCGAUGAGUGCUUGAGCUUCUUUCAGGACCGCAUACCGGAGCGUCAGUUUGCGCUGAUGCGCAACAAGAAUGGCAAGCAGGUGCCACGCGAUGGAGCCUUCGAGAUUGGCUUUGCGCAAAAUGCACGCACAUCGCAGCAUGUGAUAUGGUCGGGUCUGGACAGAGGGCCGCCGCGACGCGAUAAGUUUCCGCGCAACUAUGAGGAUCUCUAUCCGGAUGUGCAACGUGUGCUCAAGAAAUUCUAUCCGGAUAAGGCGGUGGGCAUGGCCGAUGACGACGAGGAUGAGGAGGAGCGAGAAUAACGCAGGAAAUCAGCAAAAACGGAAACAGCGCAGAUGAACAAUGGCGCGGCAUUAAAAAUCAUGAAUUUUAUGAAUUUAUUUUUUUUCUUUUGGAUAACAAUAACAUAUUUCCAUAACAAUGCAAAA